CUCACCUCUCUCUCUCUCUCUCUCAAUAAUUUUCAAAUUGAUCAUCAAUCACCCUCUAUAAAUUCACACAUCAUUUCUCACUCCCACCCACACAAUCCACCACAAAACCCUAAUUCUUUUAUACAUUGAUUUGGGAGCAAUACUUAGUUAUGGAUGUGGUAAAUUUAAAUCAGUUUUGCAUAAUCUUCCCUUGUUAUGUGAUGAUGAUCCUCACAAUUCUAUGGAUUUGGAGAAUAGUGAAUUGGGUGUGGAUUAGGCCUCUUCAAGUGGAGAAAUCCCUCAGGGCUCAGGGCUUCAAUGGCAACCCUUACAGACUGCUUCACGGCGACAGUCGCGACAUGGCUGCCAUGAUCCGCGACGCUCAAUCCCGACCCAUUCAUCUCUCCCAACGCAACAUUCUCCCGCGUGUCCUCCCUCUACACCAUCACAUAAUCGCCAACUACGGAAAAGCUUCAUUCAUAUGGAUAGGACCUGAGGCAAGAGUUUUGAUUAUGGAUCCUCUCCUCAUACAAGAAAUAUUGAAUAAAAACAAUGUUUUCAAGAAACCAACACCAAAUCCACUUGCAAAAUACCUCGUAUGUGGAUUGUCCGGCUAUGAGGAUCUCAAAUGGGCCAAACAUAGGAAAAUCAUCAAUCCCGCUUUUUAUCUUGAAAAACUAAAGAACAUGGUGGGUGAUAUGUCUACGAGCUGCUCGGCUAUGGCGAAAAAGUGGGAAGAUUUAUUUGAAGGGAGAAUGGUAAUAGAGAUAGAUGUGCAACCAUAUUUGUGGGAAUUGAGCUGCGAGAUAAUAUCGAAAACGGCGUUUGGAAGCAGAAAUGAAGAAGGAAAGAAGAUUCUCAAACUACAAGGAGAGCAAGCUGAACUUACUCGUCAAGUUUUGCAGUCAGUUUACGUUCCUGGAUGGAGAUAUGUUCCAACAAGGAGAAAUAGGAGACUGAAAGAGAUCAAUAGUCAAGUGUGCACUCUACUAAGAAGCAUAAUCAAUCAAAGACAAAAGGCAAUUGAAUUGGGGCAUGUCAAGGGUGAUGAUUUACUAGGAAUAUUGUUGAAAUCGAACGAGAAAGAAAUCGAAGAAGAUGAAAGCAACUGUGGGAUGAGCAUAGAUGAAGUGAUUGAGGAGUGUAAGACAUUUUAUUUCUCCGGACAAGAGAGCACAUCGAACUUGCUCUCUUGGACAAUGUUUCUCCUCAGUGUUAACAAAGAAUGGCAAGAUCGAGCACGAGAAGAGGUUUUCCGGGUUUUUGGAAAUGAUCCAUUGCACUUCGAUGGUUUGAAUCGCCUCAAAACUUUAACGAUGAUUAUAUACGAGGUUUUAAGGUUGUAUCCUCCUGGGGUAAUAUUCAACCGUAUCAUCUAUGAAGACACGAAGUUAGGACACAUGACGUUGCCCGCGGGCGUCCAUCUUUUGCUUCCCAUUAUCCUCCUCCACUAUGAUCGCGAACUUUGGGGUGACGAUGCGCAUGACUUCAAACCGGAACGUUUUUCUCAAGGAAUUGCAAAGGCAACCAACAAUCAACUUGCUUACUUUCCUUUCAGUUGGGGUCCCCGGACAUGCAUUGGCAACAAUUUUUCUCUUUUGGAAGUUAAAGUCACUCUAGCAACAAUUCUAAGACGAUUUUCAUUUCAGUUGUCUGCAUCUUACACGCAUGCCCCGGCGUAUGUAGUCACACUUCAGCCACAAUUCGGAGUUCAAUUAAUGUUGACUAGAUUGUAAUACGAUAAAGCUUCCUUGUAUGUCUAGUGUAUUCAUUGUGUUCCUUUUUUUUUUUUUUUCGAUA